GCCAUAUUGCCACCGAGGAGUUUUUACCUGCACUCAAGAAAGUAUUCCUUAGAUAAUAUAGAGGCGUCAUAAUGAUUCACAGCCUGUUCCUGAUAAAUAGCGCUGGGGAUAUAUUUCUGGAGAAACACUGGAAGAGUGUCAUUAGCCGCUCGGUGUGCGAUUACUUUUUUGAGGCUCAGGAGAAAGCAGGGGAGCCUGACAAUGUACCGCCUGUUAUACGCACCCCGCAUCACUACCUCAUCAACAUCUACCGCGAGAAGAUAUUUUUUGUGUCGGUCAUCCAGACAGAGGUACCCCCUCUGUUUGUUAUUGAAUUUCUGCAUCGAGUCGCUGAGAUGUUCCAGGAUUACUUUGGUGAAUCCUCAGAGGCUGCAAUCAAGGAUAAUGUUGUAAUAGUCUACGAGCUCCUUGAAGAAAUGCUCGAUAAUGGUUUUCCCCUUGCGACAGAAUCCAACAUCUUAAAGGAGCUGAUAAAACCUCCCACAAUCCUUCGCUCUGUAGUCAACACUAUCACAGGCAGCAGUAAUGUGGGAGAGACUUUGCCAACCGGCCAACUGUCGACCAUUCCCUGGAGAAGAGCUGGCGUGAAGUACACCAAUAAUGAGGCCUAUUUUGAUGUGGUGGAGGAAAUCGAUGCCAUCCUUGACAAGUCUGGUACCACAGUGUUUGCUGAAAUCCAAGGUGUCAUUGACGCUUGUGUAAAGCUAUCGGGAAUGCCUGACCUCACGCUGUCGUUCAUGAACCCCAGACUGCUGGAUGACGUGAGCUUUCAUCCGUGUGUCCGCUUCAAGCGCUGGGAAUCUGAGAGAGUCCUUUCUUUUGUUCCCCCUGACGGAAACUUCCAGCUCAUGUCUUAUCACGUCAGUGCACAGAACCUGGUUGCCAUCCCUGUUUAUGUGAAGCAGAAUAUCAGUUUCUUUGAGACUGGAUCCUCAGGAAGACUGGACAUCACGGUGGGGCCUAAGCAGACCAUGGGGAAGACUGUAGAAUGUGUGCUGGUCACCAUCCACAUGCCCAAGGUCAUUCUCAGUGCCAACCUAACUCCCACUCAGGGCACAUACACCUACGACCCUGUCACCAAGAUUUUGAUGUGGGACAUUGGGAAACUUAACCACCAAAAACUGCCCAAUCUGAAAGGCAGUCUGAGUUUACAGUCUGGGGCAGCCAAGCCUGAGGAGAACCCCAGCCUGAACAUUGAGUUUAAGAUCCAGCAGCUCGCCAUCUCAGGGCUGAAGGUCAACCGCCUGGACAUGUAUGGAGAGAAAUACAAACCAUUUAAAGGAGUAAAAUACGUCACCAAAGCCGGGAAGUUCCAGGUCAGAACUUGAAGUUGACUGGGCCCUGGACCUGAAUAGGAUGUGCCAAAAAUAUUUGAAAGGUGCCCUUUCCCAGUCAGAGGCAUAAAUAUAAACCUCAGCUUUUUGCCUACGUGUUCAUAAUUCUGUUUAUAACAGUGCUAACAAUGCCUUGUAUUGUUUGAGGAGGCGGAAAGGAUUUGGAAAUUUGCAUUUUUUAAAAUCUGUUUUCAGAGGGAACGCCUUAAACUAUUUAAAUAUGUGUUACAUUUAAUUGAGUUUUUCGUUGUGUGACGUGAGAGACAAACAUUCCCUUUUUUGUGUUUUUCCCGUGUUGUUAGAUUAACAGGUACUUUAUCCUGCUGUCACGGCAGAUGGGUAAAUUAUACUAAGUUGUUUUCAGCCUAAGUGAAAUGGGAAAUAAUGAGAACUUCAUGGCUGGAAGACUGACAGACAUUGUACUGUGACGGUGAAGUUUUACAAAUAACCUCAAUGAUGCCAUCAUUCAGUAAUGAUCAGGAAUCCAACCAGAGCAAAAGAGUAUCAGCAGCCACCUGUCUGGUCUUCAGUCUGUAAUCCAAUCUGAGAUUCCAUGACAAAGUACGUUGUUUGUUACAAAUCACUGAUCACAUCAGUAUCAUCACUCCAGCACAGACCAGGCCUUAAGGAAGCCACAGUCUUCAUGUACACGACUUGACAUGUAGGUUGUAGCUUUGAACUUGAAGUUGUUUUGUAGGGAAGAAAUCACAAAUUUAUGAUUUAAGAAAAAGAGUCUUUUAUUUUGAAGUUGUGUUAGCUUGCAGAGGCUGCCUUUCUCUAAGAGCACAGAUACCAAACACAGUGAGAGGUGAUGUCUGCCCUAGCGUUUACUGAGUCACAGAGCAGGCCAGCACAGUCAAUCCGUUCUGCUCACAAACAGAACACCACAGCCUUGCUGUAGAAUGGGUGCAGAGUACCUGACUAAAUAUUUAAUAAGUUGUGCUUACACACAGUGACCAAAGCACCGCGUUUCCUCAUGCCCAUCACUAAGGGAGACCUAACCCACAGCCGGUCUGGUCCAAGGCCGUCUGAAUGAAUCCGUGUUCAUUGAGUUCAUUGGUCACACACAGCACACUGUCUUCUCUCAGCGGACAUCACUGCUCACUCAAAGGGUACACAACCCUGUUUUAAAAUAUCUAACAUGUACAGUUGUAUCUGAAGGGAACAUCACAGUUGCAUUGUAAUAUGUGUAUUUAAACCAAAAGCAUCCAACUUUAUACAUUUUGGGGAGAAAACUGCGCCCUUGUGUUCAGUUUGCCUAUGUCUUGGGAAUUCAUCUCAAAAUGUAAACUUAUGUUUAUUGCCUACAUUGUAAACACGAGAUGCUAUGUCAUUACGUGUAUCCCAUUUUUGAAAACAUUGUUUUGUGUCAAGACCAUAGGAAGGUAACUUGCUCAGUCUUUAGAUCAGAAUUCCCCUCUAAGCUUUUUACUGUUACCAGUAAAAUAAAAUUGUUGAUUAUUAAUCUUAUAAUUGUAUUUUCCCAAUAAAACACAUUC